AUGGCAACGUGGACGGCCGUUGCCGUCGCGGCGAGCGCGGCGGGCGUCGGCCUGGCGCUCUACGCGCUGAACCUGCGCGCGUCGCUGCACACAGGACGCGGCGAGCGGCUCUGGACCGCCGAGGCGCUCGUGGCCGCGCGUCGCAGCGUCUUCCCGCUCGACUACGACCGCGACCGCGCCGUGCCCCGCGCCGUGCUGGACCAGAUGCUGGAGAGCGCCAACUGGGCGCCCACGCACGGCCGGACCGAGCCCUGGCGCUUUGUCGUGUUCGCCUCGCCGGCCGCGCGUCGGGCGCUCGGGGAGUUUCUGGCCACAGUGUACCGGACGACCGUCGCGCCGCACAAAGUGCUGCCGUCCAAGUGCCAGAAACUCGUCGACAACUGCGCGACGUCGUCGUAUGUGGUUGCGAUUUGUCUCAAGCGACAGAAACGCGGCAAGAUCCCCGAGUGGGAAGAAGUGUGCGCCGUCGCGUGUGCGGUGCAGAACAUGCACCUCGUGGCCACAGCGCACGGCGUGGGCGCGUACUGGAGCUCGGGGGCGAUCACGACGGAGACGCAGAAGAUGAAAGCGUACUUGCAGUUGGGCGACGCAGACCGGUGCCUCGGGCUCUUUUACGUGGGGAUGCCGAAGCCGCGUGCGGUGCGUGUCCAGGGCGUGCGCAAACCCAUUGAGGACAAAGUCGUGUGGCGCGAGUAG